AUGGCAAGCGAAACAACAAAGGGAGAGAUCAUUUCGCUAGUAAACAUAACCGGGACCAUACAAGGUACAAAGUUCCAUGUCAUCGAAGGUGAUAUAAGGUACAACGCACUCCUCGGGAGACCAUGGAUACAUAACAUGAGGGCAGUGCCUUCAACCCUUCACCAGAUGAUGCAAUUCCUAAUAGACAAAGGGAUAAAAACGGUCUACGGAGAGCAAUGUUCUGCAAAAGUGAUGUUUGCGAUCGAGGAGGUAGGGCCAAUUCCAGAGCCUCCGACCUCGGAGAAGUCGAGCCCUAGAGAUAAGCAGGCCGCCAAAUAG